GAUUAGCUGGUUCCAAGGACAGAACCGUCUUAAGACUCCUAGCAGCUGGAGAGAGAUCUAGAUUCCAGCAUGAAACUAUACAACCGAUGAGAGGCAUCAAAGUCAAUGAAAAUUGGCAUACUUGUUCCAGGACAGUAACUCAAAAAGUAGCCAUUGGAUUUCAUAGAGGGAGAUUUGCAAUGGCAGCCUGAAUACUUCACCAAUACAGGCUUGCUGUGAAGUUGUGUAUAUACUGACAGAGGCAUCAUGAAUGAAGUGUCAGUUCUCCGUUUGCCGGUGGAGGAUGACAUUAAUGAAGUGGUACAUGGCUUGGAUGAAACGGCUCUGAAACAUAGUGACAGCCGACUGCCUUUUCAGAUAUUUCCUGACCCAGAGGAAGAGGAAGAGGAAGUUCCAGUGAAGAUGAGAGGAAGGUUGCCCUCUAUUGUGGUGGAACCAACUGAUAUAAUAGAUAUAGAAAGUGGAGUGUUGCGAUGGCCCCCUGAGUCUGUAAGAAAGGCGAGAGAGGAGGCUGAACUCGCAGAGGAAGAUACAGAGAAAGUGGAAACAGAAGACCAGACAGGCAAUACAAAGGAUGAAGCAGCUGCAGCAACGGGAGAAGAUCCAAAGUCUGAAAAAGACUGAUGUUUACUGAGGUGGAUGCAUGCUCACCUGCAAGGAUAAUUAAUAAAGGAAGAAAGGUGUUGUGAAAACAACUGAUGAAUAUACUAGUGAAACAUUUUUUAACUAUACAAUACAUUUAUUCUUCCUAAAUAAGUCCUUAUUUUAUAUAGAAAAUAAAAGUGUUUCAUAUUACUGAAAAAGAAAAACGAGCUAGACAUAUUUUAGCAUUGCUACCAACCUAACCUAGAAGCUCUAGGACAGGAGCGCCCAACCUUUUGAAGGGCAAUGGCCACUUAAGCGACUUGGUAACCGGUCGCGGGCCACAAUGAGCAGAGUGGGU